CCAAUAAACAUCGAUGUUUUUGAAAAAUAAUAAAUGCAUCGAUCAUCGAUGUUUCCGCACCUCUAAAGAAGAGGCCGACUAUUUGCCUCUUGCUUUCUCGUAGAGUUAGCGCUCGGUUUUCAUCCAUUUAUCGAUAUGGAAGCACUGUACUGACCAACAGCUAUGGGCGUAGCGUCUAUUCCGGCCUUACGAUUUUACCUGAAUAUCACAAUAAUCAACGAAAGAAUUGCGCCUACAUUGUCUUUGGAUGCAGGCAUGAAAAUCAACGAGAGGACCCUGAACGUCUUUGCGAAAACGCCGCCAUUUGACAUGGAAGGUUUCCUCAACAAACGGGGCGAGGUCAACAAGGCUUUUCAAAGACGCUUCUUCGUUCUUAAGGGCAACUUGCUGUUCUACUUUGAGUCGCGAGUGGACAAGGAUCCAUUGGGACUUAUCAUUGUCGAGGGAUGCACCAUUGAGCUCUCAAACGAAGUGGAUAACUACUGCUUCGAAAUAGCCUUCAACGGCAACCGCACCUACAUCCUUUCCGCCGACAACCAGGAAAGCAUGGAGACAUGGAUGAAGGCACUCACAUGCGCCGGCUACGAAUACAAGCGCAUCAUCCUAACCGAGCUAAAGCGCCAGCUAAACGAGAUGGAGGGUUUGAGAAAAAAAGUUCUUGGCAACGCUAUUAACGGACCACAUAGUGCCUCUGAGAUAGCAAAGCCCAGGCCUCCACCCAGACGGACGAAUCCCUUCAACAGACCCGCACCGCCUCCACCCAACAGUUCGUUGGAUGGAAUCAUGUCGCCCCUGCCGUUUAUUAAUGGAUACUUUGGAUCCGGCAAUGCGCGUAUGCAGCAGGAUGCUAAUGUUAACGGAAGACCGAGUGAAACGCCCAGAGAACAGCGUCGCCCCACAGCCGCCCCUGCUAUUGCUACAAACGUUUUUUACCCCGACGCAAAGAGUGUUGGAGCCAUUAACAACAACCAUAUCACCUUAAGCAGUGGUGAGCGACGGCUACGACGGGUUAGAGCGCUGGAUGAUUUUUCCCGCAACCACGAGCGCUUCCGACAGGAACUGAUGCCCGACGUUUCCGCCUAUCGCGGUCGCCAUGGACAACCCCUUAUACAGUUGUGAUGUAGGAGAGCGCUUAUCCAAUGUAUUAUCCGUCUUGCUUAAUUUCAAUACAUUUCCCAAGAUUUCACACCCUGACACUGUGCCAUCAGCGUCGAUA